AGGAGGAGGAGGAGAGAACGCAGAUAACUGCGGCUCGUGACCGCCUUCACUGUGUCGCCUGUUUCUGUGGAGGUGUGGUAGUCAUGACAGCCUCAUACACCAGCCAGCAUCGUCCACCACUAGUACCAUGAAGGCGCAUCGCCGUGCUCCUCUUUCCACUGUUUUCUAGCUGACUAUCACGCAGUGAGCAUCGACUGACAGCCUGGCUGCAGCAAGACAGCUCGGUGAACCCAGACAGCUCGGGCAUGCCGUUCAUCUGGACUAAAAACAUCACCUGUGCUGAAAUUCGCUUCAUGACUACUUGAGGAGCUAAAGUUGGUGCAAUGGAGACUUCAGGGAGUGAAGCUGCGGUCACUAUGUUUGGGAGAGCUGAGGACAGAGACGGCUUUUAUGAUCUGGAGCACCUGCCACCACUGCUGGAGGACGAGGAGAAUGUGUCCCUAGCAGACAUCCUCUCUCUGCGGGACAGCUGUCUGUCUGAGGAUGAGGUGUGGGCGGUGUGUGCAGAGUGUGUUUUGGCGCUGCAGAGCAUCAGACCAUCCCAUCUUUUUCACACCCUGUGUAUCACACCCGACACUCUGGCCUUCAACGCCCAUGGGAACGUUUGCUUCAUGGAGCAGCUCAGCGAUGAUCCAGAAGGCUCCUUUGUACCCCCAGAGUUUGACAGCACAGGCAGCACGUUUGAGGGCCAUGUUUACUCUCUGGGCUCCACGCUCUCUGCAGCGCUGAACUUUGUCAUCGAGCCAGAGCUGGAGGCGGAUCUGGGAGAAGAAAUCCAGAAGCUGCUGGAGCAGAUGCAGGAGGAGACACCUGAGAGCAGACCGCUCCUGCAGGACAUCCUCUCUCUGGCUGAAGCCCAUCUGUCUCCCGCCUCCUCUGCUGCUGUGUGCAGAAAACUGUCUUCCAUUGGGCGGCGGGUGCUUUCCAUCGAAUCGGUUUCAACCUUUCAAGAUGGACAGGAAGGCUCCUGGGAGGCCCGAUGGCAGCAUCCCAAACCCAGAUGUCUGAUUAAAAGGCUAAGCUCAGAUGAUACCAAAGAACUUUGUAUGGACACUUCUGCUAAAACAAAUGGGCUGUCCAGGAAACAGGUGUGUGGUGGCUGGGAUUCCUCUCUUUGGGCUGAGGACAUGGACGGCAGUGAAGGAGAUGGAUUGAUCUUCGCAGACGAGUUGGACUGCAGGUCUUAUAACAGCUCCCCUGUGAGGAGGCGAGCCCAGCAAAGGCUGACUCGAGGCAGGGGUGCCCUAAACCGCUCCUGCUCAGUCCCAGACUCCAACAACCCCCCGUGUCUGUCCCCAGCUGCUCACGGAGACAUCAGUGUACCUGUGUCCGAUCUCUCUGAGAUCGGAGCUGAUGAACAGGUGAGCUGCAGGUCUGUGUGGAGUAACAGACUGACAAGACUGGAGUGGGGGCAGUCCUGUGAGUGUUACCCCCACAGCAGCUCUGAGGAUUAUGGGAACUCAUUUGUUGACAGAAAAAUGUUACAAGACAAGGAGGGCGCUGCAGAGACUUUAUACAUUGAAGAAACAAACACUGAGAACCUUGAAUGUGAAUCUAAAAACUGCCUCGAGCACACAGAGUCUCCCUGUGCCUCCUGUCAGGAUCUAAAACAGGACUCCUCUGAAGACCAGAGCUCACUGAACCACAGCCUCUACAUUCCCAACAACCACAUGACCAAAAGCAUGCUGUGCCUCAAUGAAGAAACUCAGGACGAGUGGAUUUCUCUCAGAGAGUUACUAAGUCGCUGUGAACGGAGGCUGACAGUCAACGAGCUCUGGGCUCUGUGUUACACCUGCCUGUCUUCUCUACAGACGUACAUCGACUUCCCAGCCUAUUUAUGCCUGGACACGGUGUACAUUGGAAGCGAGGGGGAAGUACUUUUCCUGAAACCUAAAAACAUCGGAUCGAGGGAUGAAUUUUAUCUGGCUCCUGAAUAUCAAGAACAUGGGAUUGUUACAGAAAAGGUUUGUGUGUAUGGAGUUGCUGCUAUUCUCUGGGCAACGGCCAAGUUCAGUUUAUCGCCAAAUCAAAAGCUGGCGAUGCCCCGCAAACUGAAGAGACUGCUGCUGGAGAUGGCCAAGAGGACACCAAUUGAGAGACCCUCCAUCAUCAUGGCUAAAAAAAGCUGUCGUGACUACUUAUCACGUCAAGGGACGAAUGCAGAGACCGUCUGGAGCAACCUCAUCAGAAGAGUUCACCCGCCAGCCUCAAAAUCCAGUGAUGCAGAUGAUCUGAAUGAAAAUGAAACUCAUCAAAGCUCUUGUGAAGAGUCUUUACAAAACAACAGCGGCUUUGUGCCCAUGGCCACUGAGAGCCGACUGGCUCCUGUGCCUGGCCCUGUUCCCCACAGCUAUCCAGUCCACAAGGAACUUCAACUCCCAGAAGCCUUCACUUCCACUGCAACACACUUCUCCCCCAUCAUCCUGAGCAAUGAAGGGGACUCUGAGGAGGAGGGCCCAGACCCUGGAGCUGCCAUCGAGGGGACUGUGGAUGGAUUCAUACAACUCGGUGCAGAAGGCGAGGAGAGAGGCCUUGAUUUCACUUCACACUCACAGCACUAUUAUUCUCCUCAGACUGAACCCAGUCCACAUACUCAGGAGUUGACUGUCAAUCAAACAGGAUUAACUACAGCGUCUGGUGACAAUAUACUGGCUGCGUCUUCUCUCCCUGAUAUUUCCUGUAUGGAAGUCUCUCUUCCCCAGCAGUCAUCCUCUAACCUGAAUGGAUGUGGGGUUUUCAAUAACUACCUCUUCCAUCAGGAUCCCAGGACAGGACAGCUCUCCCUGGUGCCUGUUCAUGUUCGGGCUCCAGAGUCUCUCCUUGGGUUGGACAUAGAUCUGUCCCUGGUGCCAGAGCCUCUACAGGGACUAAUCCCAACUCCAGAGAGCACUGAUGGUGGAUUUAUGAACUGUCUGAAUGAGUCUGAACAUCAGUAUCGUUGCCAACCUUCCUCUUAUCUCAAAGGUAGCUCCAUCGUUUCUGACGCUUUGGAGCACAGAGUACACAGAUCUUACAGUGGAGAAACAGAUCCACAGACACAGGACGAGUCUCCAAAUGAGUCUACCUCCCCUAAAAUCCACCCGGCCUUGCGGGAGGUGAUUGACCUGCUAAAAGGAGAGUUUUCACUUAACGGGUGUUUGGAUAACGGACAUGAGGAUGUAGCAAUGGGGGAGUACAUCUUCUCCUUGAAGGACCUGCAAUACCACACGUUUGCCAGUGUUGUGAAGGAGCGGUUCAGCCACCUGUACUGGGAGGAGGACUUGCUUGGUGUCUUACACUGCCUGGUGAACUACAGCCCAUCCACACUCGUCUCUAAUGAGCAGCCUCCAUCAAAGACUGUGAAAAGGGCAGCCGCUACACCACCCUUGAUAACGGAGGUCUGGACAGAGAGGAGGGAAGUUUGCUUGCACGGUUGUUUGGAUUUGAAUGGAAAUAUUCACACGUCCAGUCUGGCUGCUGUGGAUUCUCUGGAGGACGUCAAGGCCCGGUCCUGUCAUGAAGAAAAUGUGACUUCAACUGAAGAUUUAAAAUUGAAAUCAGAGGAGAGUCAGCACUUUAUCUGUAGAGGCGUCAGCACUGACGGCUCCGAGGCAGGGGUCAUGGAGGGAGGAGGAUAUUCAGUGGGGGGCAGCGAUGAAAGCCCCUCUGAAGCUGAGUUUCUGUCAGGGGGACAUGAAGGCCUGAUGGAUGCCCACGACUCGCAGAUAAGCCCAGACUGCUCGGAGGACAUGGAGGACAGCGACUCUGUGGUUUCAGAGCGGCUCAUCUCACCUGGAUCCAGAACUGAGGGACCUGGGCUUAGCUUCAGCCCGGCCUGGGCCUUGGCCUUCUACGGAGAGGAUUGUUUUAGUCCAGAUGUAAUCCAGUAUGCAGUGAAUCUGGGGCAGCACAUGGGAUCACCAUGUUUGGAUGUGAAGACACAAGAACUGCAGCAGCAGCUGAUGAUCGAAACAAAGAAUCGAAAGAAAACCAGGAAUUUCUACCUGAAGCUGAUUCAACAAGAGAGAAAAAAUAAAGGUUCAGAUAGCAAACAGAUGUUGUCCAAACUCAAGACUCAGUUUGAAGAGCUCCGAUCUAAAGUGCUCUUCUUGGACGGUGUGAAGAAAUACCUCGAGGUCCUGAGUGUGGACCAGUGGGGUCUGGAGGUUUCAUUACUGCCCUCUUUAGCUGUGAGUGGAGCCGGCCCUCUGGACCUCCAGUCUUCUGAAGACCCGUCUGUUCUGAGCUUUGGUUCAAGCAAAGGGAAAAGCACUCUGCAAGUAGGCUCUCCUGAGGGCCUCAUGGCUUACCUCUAUGCCAGAAAUGCAGUUGUGGAGGGUUACAUCCAGCAGUUUCUGUACACCUUCCGCUUUCUCUGCACUCCUGAGCAGCUGCUUCACUUCAUAAUGAAUAAAUUCAUCAGUGCUGCCAGACAAGGUCCAGAUAUGUCAGGAGACGGUGAGAAGAUUUUCCAUCGCAGUCUGGACCUGCUUCAGUUCUGGGUGACAGACUGUGGACAGGUGGACUUCACAGCUAAAUCCAGCCUUGUGGAAACAUUAGAAAACUUCCUGAAUACUGAGGUGAUUCCUGUUGACAGCCGAGGGGAGGCCAUCCUUGCUGCCCUCCAUAACCCCCCCUGUAAAUCUUGGAGUCGAGGUAGAGGGAGUCUGAGCAGCUUUGAGGAAGAUGAUGAUUGUAUGUCUGUGCAUUCAUCUACUGAGGACCUUGGUAAAAAGUGGAGAUUCUCCAGAGUGGUGGAGCCCUCCUCCUCCCUCCCUAAAGAGAAGACCUUCUCCAUCGCUGCCGCCCUCCCCAUGCCGUGCUACAGCUCCAUGUUGGACGACCUCUCUAAUGUCUGCCUUCACGGUGAGGAGCGACUCCCCUUAAACCAAUGUGAAUACAGCGCUCAGCACAUCGCCCAGCAGCUCACCCUCCUGCAGCAGGAAAUGUUCCAAGGAUGCCACCCGGUCCACUUCCUCAACUCCAGAACACAAGGAAUCAGGGGCAAACUGACGACUGCCAACAAGAAUGUGUCUCAGCACAUCCCACCAGCAGAGGGCAGCAGUGUGAUUGAAUGUGAGGGCUCCUCUGCAGACAGCUUUCUGCAGCGGCUGCUCACAUAUGCUGACAGUGUCACUAACUGGAUCUCAGCUGAAAUCGUCAUCUGUGACUCUGCCAAGACUCAAGCUGCUGUGCUGACCAAGUAUCUGUGGAUUGGGAAAUAUUGCUACGAAGCCAGGAACUUUGCCACUGCCAUGCAGGUCCUCAGAGGUCUGGAGAACGUGAUUGUCAGGCAAUUACCAGCUUGGAAACAUCUGUCUUCCAAGGUGUGUGAGAUCCUGGAGGAGCUACGAGCUGUGCAGGUGUUUCUGAAGAGUGAUGACCUGUGUCUAAUGGGGGGAGAACACAUAAGGAAGAGACCCACCUUGCCGUCAGCUCACAUCCUGGCUAUGCACGUCCAGCAGCGUGAGAUUGGAGCCUUCACAUUAACCACAGGAGCGUACAAGUGGACCAAGCUCAGGAGCAUAGCAAAGGUUGUGAGUCAGGUCCAUGCCUUCCAGGAGGGUGUGUGCCCCUACACCCCGGACCGAGAGCUGCAGGCUUACCUCCGCAGCCGCAUCGCCCGGCUUGCCACCUCUGACAUCCACCUCUUGGCCGCAGACAACGAUGCCAACUUUCAGCAGACCAGCGAGCGACAAACACGGAGGAUCCAGGACACACUGAAGAGGGUUAAGGCCACUUUUCAAUGAACCCGACCUGGUGACACCUUGCAGCCCUGAGCCAGACACCACCAACAGGUCAACACCCCAGUAACCAAGACCAGACUGAUGUAACUCAGACGCUUCUGUUGUCUGGUGGAGAAACUUUUUCUGUGGUUAUAGGUUCUACUUUGCCAAAGACUCUAAUUUAACAUAACAGAAAUUCAUCAUAAGUUCAGACUCCUGGGCAAACUUUCUUUAAAACUCACAGUCUUAAUCUCUGAUACAAUUUCUCCAGCAAAUCUGUUUCCUCUGGAUGGCAAUUUCUCUUAGCAGAGACAACUAAAUCACAAUGUUUUAAAAAUGGACAUUUAUUAUCAGUAUGAGUACAUUUAAGCUGCUCUGGCCUCUAUAUUAAAAUAAAUGCAUGUCCACUAUUAAGGUUGGAAUAAAUCUAUGAAUAUCCAGAGGCUAAAAAAGCCCCUUGGUCAAUGUGCAGCGAUGUGAGAACUUUGUAACUUUGUAUAGUAAUGUGAACCACCAAAGCCUGCUUGAUUCUUGGUUGGUUCAUGAGCUCAGUACAGAUUAGAAUAUCUGAACUUUUACUGAAUUAUCACAUGUAGCCUAUUGAUAUUAAAUAUUGCGCAAGAAUUCAUAAUCUCUGCAAAAUGAAUUCCUAUCAUGUUGAUGAUU